AUGAAUUAUCCAAAAAGGUUUUCGAUUGGCAAAAUGCAUUAGAGAGAAAAAGGCAUCUAUUAAAAGGAUGAAAAUUGCACCACUUUGCCUCAAAAUAAAAAAACACAAUAUCAAAUAGAUUAUAUUGAGUAAGGAGUGAAACUAUAGGAUGUGAGUUUAGCAACCUUCUAUCUAAAGAACGGUUUGCCCUAUCGAGGUUUGAUAGCCACAGAAAAUAUCCCAGCUAAUUAUCUUUUAGUCAAAGUUCCCCGCCAAUUGAUAAUCAGCAGUCAAACUGCUUUUGAAUCAAGUCAGAGAGCCUUCUUUUUUAAACACAGAGAAUUUUUCUUGGAUCAUGAAGAUGGGGAAGAACAUGCAAUCAUAGCAUUUUUGAUUAUUAAUAAAAGGGAAGGAAUAAGAUCCAAAUACUAUAGAUUUAUUGAGUAACUACCCAAAGAUGUUAACAUGUUACUAUUUUGGCCAGAAGAGAAAUUGAAAUUAUUGUAAGAUGAAAAUUUAAUCCGUAAAGUACACAAAAAGAGGGAAGAAUAUGAAUAGACCUUAUUAACAUUCAAAAAGAUAUUGAAUACAAAUGAAGAGGAAUUCUAAUGGGCGUAUACCAACUUAUAUACCAGAGAUUUUGGACAUAAUUUAAAAUACAAAAGUAUGGUGCCCUUUUGUGAAUUCUUCAAUCAUGAAUGUGUUGAUGUGCACAUCACUCUCUUAUCUGAAGAUGAUAAAAAUAAAUAGAACGAAUUCAAUAAUAGAAAAUAUAGAUCAAAGAAGAAUGGAAAAAAUUAAAGAGAUUAAGGCUUCUAUGCUGAUGAAGAACUAUAAAGUGUUUAAUCCUCCUCGGAUUCAGAUAACUCUCUAGACCUAGAUCAAGAUGAAUCAGAUCUUGAUUACUUUAUUGCAGAUCAAAUCAUAGAAUGGACUACUUAAAAGGAAUUAUUGGAGUAAACAUAUGAAAUCCUUAGGGAUUAUGUUUACCAACAAGUUAUGGGUUACUAACAGCAGUCAAAUGGACGUGCUCGGAAUGUAGCAAAGAAGAUAAUAAAUUGGAAAGAGGAUGAAGAUUUUGACUACUUUUGUAUAAACUCUUAAAAGACUGAGAAUUUUAAAAAGGGAUCUCAGGUCUACUUUAACUAUGGAAGACUAUCAAAUAGAGAGCUAUUAUUAAGAUAUGGAAUUGCCUUAGAAAAAAAUAAAUAUGAUCAUGUCUAUUUGAGAAUCAAAACUGCAGACUUAUUAAAAAGUGGAGUGAGCAGAAUAUUUUAGAAACAAUAUUUAUCAAUUAAACUAAAAUACACUGAGUUCCCUUUUAAUUUGCUUAAACUUGCCAAGGCUAUUAACGAAAGUGAGAACCGAGAUUGCUAUGAUCCUCAGAGCGUGUUGAACAUCAUUAAUAUUUAGACUGAAUUGAAAGGGUUGGCAAAAUCUAUCUAGUUACUGCAGGAAUUUAAAGCUGAGUUCAAAGAAGAUCUUUCUAAAGGUGAUCUCUUAUUAAAGGAUUAAAAAUUAGAUUAUGAUGAGUAUUUUGCUUUGGUUUAUAGAUUGGAAAAACAAAGAAUCAUUCAGCACAAUAUUAUAUUACUAUAAUUGGCUAAAGAUAUACUAUUAGAUCCAGAAAGACUGGAAUACACUUCUGGUUCUCAUGAGUCAUCCUAAUAUCAGUAUACAUAUAGGAUAAUCCUGAAAAAAUACUUAAGUUAGAUUCUCAAACAAUGA